GUGGUCGACGCUCUCGAUAGGGUCGCUGGCCGAUCUCUCUCUUCCCUUCGUCUCUUCGUUUUCGUUUUUGCGGUUUAAACUUGGCGCCGUUGAAGUGCGGUUGGAAUUCGAGUGGGGUUGUGGUGUUUAACUCUUCUCGUGGUUGCCAAUUCGGUGUUCUUAUCUACUCUCGCCAUUCAACGGUGGCGGUGCUGUUCGUGUUGCGGAGUGGGCGUGUUUUUCUCUUCCUGGUUGCUAGUGGUUGAACUUCUCCAGCCGGUUGUCCGUCCUAGUGGAGUUGGUUGCCUCUGUCAUCGAAAUCUGGAAGUGGCAGUAAUCAACUGCAGCGGCUGGUUCUUCUUUUUCCUCCCCCUUCAGUUUUAAUAUUUCAAAAAAGAAGAAUUACUCUAAUGUGUAUUUCCUGUGAAUCCACCCGUUGUAGCAGCCGCGGUAUAAGUGGGUGUUAGAUUUUUCUUCUCCGUGGCGGCGGUUCAGGUGGAACUCGGAUAUUGGAUUUUGUGGGGCUGCUUCUACAUUGCCUUUGGUUCCUGUUUCUCUCCUCGGCACCACAUCUUCUUCGAGCUGCCGCUCCCUCGCGCUCACCCUCUUCCUCGACCGAUCCUUGAUCGCUGCUGCUGCUGCCUAGGAGCACUUGCCGUUUUCCAUUCUUCGGAUCCAAAUUUCCCCUUUUCCAUCAAGGGUACAUAUCACCGCUGCUGGGGUGGUCCGCUUGCACGCAGUCUCUGGCGACUAGAGUGUGAUGUGAAAUCUGCUCGUGGCAUUUGGAGGACGGGGUACAUAGCAAGAGUUGCUUCCGCAGAUUGAACUCUUACUGAACUCUUCGAUCGUCGAUCUUGCUUGUAGAUAUUAUCCCAGACGGUGGUCUCGUUUGUGAGGAUUGCGUUGUAGGUUUUUGGAGGAAGGUGGGUGGUAAUCAAAUGCGGAGAAGCACGUUACGCUGCAGCUUCAGCUCUGGUCGUCAAAGCGGAACUGGGAUCUGAUUGUUCAUACAUCUUUGACGUGCAUCGCACUUGAUAUUUUGGUGUUCUCUUAUCUAUUUACGAUUUAAACCUUAAGAGAGAAAGGUUGUUACAUCAUAUAAUGGAUUUUUUGCAAUUAUCAAUGAACAUAAUAGCAAAUAUGAGAACAUUUUUGAGAUCAAAUGUAUUGAAUGAAAGACAAUGCAAUAACUUGGUGAGAAACUUUUCAAGGGGUCUCCAAAGCAUUGCUCUAAUUCAAAGCAUUAUUGGUGGUUCUUAUAUCAAUGUGUUUGAUGAAGCAAUAAAAGAUUUGUUCCAAACUGUAAGCAAAGUAGGAGCCUUGAUUGAAGAAUGUUGUAAAGAAAAUUGGCUUGAAGUUGUAGUGAUGCAAAUUAAUAAUAAAGAAGCUUUUAGAGAACUUCUUAUAAAUUUAGAGUGUUGUUUUGAUACUAUUUGUGGCAUCUUUCAAUGUCAUUAUGUUGAUCAAAGUGAAGAGAUCAAUGGAAUUAAAAGGGAUACCACAUUUUUUCCAACAUCCAUUGAUGAAGUUGAUCAAGAUUUAGUUUCAUUGGAUAUGAAGCUUACUGGUAUUAUAUUGCAACAACAAUGUUCUAGUGAACAUGUUCAACUUGCCAAAUAUUUGAAAGGACGGAUAAGAGGUAUUCAAAAGGCUGAAGGAGGUGCAUUAGAUAUUAUUGUUUAUCCUGAUGAUUAUCCUCAUCCUGAAUAUGGAAGGCCACCUAUUUUACUAGAUGGAAAAGAACAAGGACAAGUGCAAGGACGAGUAGCAAUAUAUUCAACAAAAUGGUUGGGUUUGGAAAGUGCAACAAAGGUGAUUCCUACUUUUGACAUAUGUGAGGAUUACAAAAAAGUUAUUUUGAAAGAAGCUGGCAUUUUGGGUGGAUUAAGUCAUCCAAAUAUUAUCAAGCUUUUUUGUUGUGGUUUUUCUGGAGAAAGGAGACAAUUUGAAUUUGUGAUGGAACGAGGAAAGAUGACCUUAUCUAAAAUGUUGGAAAAAAAAAUCCACUUUCAAGAGUCAUUGCAUUAGACAUUAUACUACAAAUUGCAAGUGGAAUGUGUUACAUGCAUGAUAUGAAGGUAGCACAUCGUGACUUGAAGUCUAAUAAUGUUAUUAUUAAUCUAAUAGAUAUUUCAAAUGUAGAAAGUAUGACUUGUGUAUAUGUGAAAUUGCUUGAUUUUGAUAUUUCAAAGGUUGAAGUGAAGAACACUCCACAAACACCCACAGGAAGAAUUAUAGGUACUAUUGGAUAUAUGGCACCUAAGGUCAUAAAUAAUAAUAGAGAUGAAAACUCUUGGCUUAAGGUGGAUGCUUUGAAAGCUGAUGUGUUUAAUUUUGGCAUGUUGUGUAGUGAAAUUAUUUUAGGAUCAAAACCUUUUGGAGGUGAAGGUCAUCUUUAUAGCUAUCAAUCAAAAAUAGAAAGUGGUAAAAGACCUGAUUUAUCAAAUGCUUGUUCAAAAGAAUUAAAAUUAUUGGUAGAAAAUUGUUGGACUUUGGAUCCAUUACAAAGACCUACUUUUCUUGAGAUUUAUUCAAGAUUGAAACUAUUGAAGAAGAAGAUGCACCAAAGGCCUUUGGAAGGUAGAGGCCUUAAAUAUGAAGAAAAUACAUCAUGGAUGGGCAUUGGAAUAUGGCAAUUUUUUGCCACUUUAAUCCAAGGCUUGUGGUUCUUGUGCCAAAUUAGAAAAAUUAAUUUAACCACUUCAUUACUACUUGACCAAGAAAACUUUGGUCCAUUAAACCAAAUUAUUUAUAAGGUUAAUGGAAAAACUAAUAAAAAUUUAAAACUAAUUGGUGUAGAAGAAAAAGUAUUUGAAUUGGAAAAAAAACUACAAAAUGUUAGUAGUUUGGGUAUCAUUGGGAUGGGAGGAAUCGGUAAGUCAACAUUGGCUAAGGCUCUAAGCAACUACAUUUUCCAUAAGUUUCAAGUAAUAUGCUUUAUAGAUGACUUAAAAGAUGGAAAAUGCAGACUCCUAUUAAAGAAUAUAUUAGAAGAUUUGCAUGAGCAAUCCCAAGUAUAUUCUUUGCAAGAAGGACGAAAUAUGUUGAAAAAUCUUCAAAAAAGAAAGAAGAUUCUUAUUGUCUUAGAUGAUGUGAGAAGUAACAAUCAAUUAAAUGAGUUGUUGGGUUUUGGUAAGUUUAAAGAUAAUGAUGGUAAUAAAUUGAUUGCAACUAGUCGUAUUUGGAGCUCUUUAGAACAACACAUACCAAUGCAUGGAAGAGUGGAUAUGGAAAAGCUUGAUACAACUAAAUCUAUGGAAUUAUUUUCUAUGUAUGCAUUUUCAACCAAUGGAGCUAAUUCAUUGUAUUUCAAAGACGUAGUUGAAAAGAUUGUUAAAGCUUGUGGUGGACUUCCAUUGAGUUUAGAAGUUAUGGGGACUUAUUUGCAUGGAAAUCAACAACUAAGGAUAUGGGAACGAACUUUGCAUAGGUUAUUGCAAGCAAGACAUGAUGGAAGUGUGGACGAAAAAAUUUGGAAGACAUUAAGAAUAAGCUUUGAUGAUCUUAAUUCUGAUGAAAGAAACAUGUUUUUGGAUAUAGCUUGUUUUUUUUGUCAUGAUUCUUAUCCUGGAGAGAUAGGUGAAGGAAAACUAUUACGCAUUUUAAGUGAUGAUAUUGAAAUUCCCAAAAAUACCCUUAAGAAUUUGCAAGACAAAUCACUGUUAGUUAUAGAUGAUAAUGGACAAUUGCACAUGCACGAUCAACUACGUGAUAUGGGUCGCAUGCUUACAGAGACAGAAUAUAAAGGAUCUAGAGAUCGAGAAUUAUGUUUGGCUACAUUUAAUGAUUGUAAUCAAAAGGUGAGUAUAAUAUUAUUGGUUUAUUAAAUUUUUUACUUUCAGAAAUAUAUAUUUGUAUGCUAAUAAUUUAUACAUUUAAAAUUGAUUAUCUAUUACUAAAUUUGUAUUUGUAUAAAUAAGGCAUCGAAUUUAUCCAAGGUCUCUCCUUUACAAAAUUAGAACAAAAAUUGGAAUAUAAAAGUAAAUUAAAAAUCAAUACUAUGUACUAUUCACAUCUACGCUUGCUUAUUUUUUACUUGUGUGAAGAUUUUGACUUUAUUUCAACUCUUGUAGAGAAAACUUCCAAACUUCAAUGCUUAAUCAUGCACUUUUCAAAUGAAGAUUAUAUAGUUAAAAUUCAAAAAGAUACUAUUUUAAGAUUUUGGAAUAUUUUUGAACAUGAGGCUUUCAACGAAAUGCGUUGUCUUGUCCUUGAUAAUUGUAGCUUUCUUGAAUCUUUUCCAAAUAAUGUAUACAAAUCAUUACAAUUAACUGAUUUAGAAUUGGCAAAUUGUAUAAAUUUGAAACAGUUGACAACCAAUUUGUAUAACAUGACAUCUUUGGUUACUCUUUGCCUUAGAAAUUGUUCAUUAUUAGAAGAGUUUCCAAGUGGAUUGAAAAAUUUGGUAUCAUUGGAAUAUUUAUGUCUCUUUAAGUGUAAAAAAUUGAAGAACUUGUCGAAAGGAUUUGGAAGCUUGACAUGUUUGAAGAAGCUAUACAUGUACGAAUGUGAGGCUUUGGAAGAGUUUCCAAGUGGAUUGGAGAAUUUGGUCUCACUAGAAGAAUUGGAUUUCUCAAAGUGUAGAAAGUUGAAAAACUUACCAACAGGGUUUGGAAGCUUGAUAUGCUUGAAGAAGCUAUAUAUGUGGGAAUGUGAGGCUUUGGAAGAGUUUCCAAGUGGAUUGGAGAAUUUAGUUUCAUUAGAAGAAUUGACUUUCUCUAAGUGUAGAAAGUUGAAAAACUUACCAGAAGGAUUUAGAAGCUUAACAUGUUUGAAGAAACUAUACAUGUGGGAAUGUGAGGCUUUGGAAGAGUUUUCAAGUAGAUUAGAAAAUUUGGUUUCAUUGGAAGAAUUGGCUUUUUCAUUGUGUAAGAAGUUAAAAACCUUGAUAAAAGGGUUUGGAAGUUUAAUA